GUUGAUGCAUACAAGUUGCAAUCCGUAGCACGGUCAUCGUGAUUGUGUGCAGGCAAGGGUUCGCUGGCUGGGAAGAUCUAGGGAACCCAAUGGGGAUACGACCCCCUAGCGCGCACACGCUGACAGUGACACAGCGCUCAACCAGACUCGACUAGGUCACCUCAAGGCACCUCACGAGUCCCCACCGUCGAACGAUUUUAAGCUGUUGGCGACGCGUCCUCUACGUUCAAUCGCCCCCUGUUUCCGCAAGGAUGCCCCCACGUCGAUCUGGACGGCUGAGAGUGCAGCCUUCCAAGCCCGCGACCAACGUCUUAGAUGCGCCUUAUAAGGACUCACAACGUAUCACAAUCACAGACCUUCCCAUCGAAAUCGUCCGCCUCGUCAUAGACUACCUGCAAAGCGACAGGAAGACCCCUACUCUAAAGAGCUGCUCGCGCCUCUCUCGAUCUUGGCGGGAUCUGGUCUUCUCCUACCUUUUCACCGCUAUCAAACCCUUCAGUGUCCUGCGACUCUCCGAAUUCACGGCAUUCCUCAAGUCAACUCCGCACGUCGUACCCGUCGUCAAACAGGUCGUCAUCGUGCGCGCUGAGCGAGUGGGACCGGCUGUCUUUAAGGAAGACAUAGUCACCUUCGAUCGCGAGUCUCCCUUUGUUUACUUGGUGGAAACUCUACGGGCACUAGAACGUCUGGUAUGCCAGGGACUGGUAUUCUCGCCUCCUACAGUGUCCAACGCGGUAGUCGAUGCGAUUCCCAGUUCAUCCCCACUGCGACGCUUAGUAUGGACCGGAUGCGACGCCAGGAUGCCGGACAGCUCUGCUCGGUUGGCUCCCAUUUUCUCCGCCCUCACUUUGUUCAAGGCGGACACGCUCGAUUUGGUCAUGCCAUAUAGUGGCAUGGUGCCGCCGGAGGAAGAUAUCACUUCCAUCAGACCACUCGCCUACAAGACCCUCAUUCUGCGAGGCAGCAGGGACAACUCUUCGGCCCUUUCCUCCUUCCGCCAAAUUCUAGCCCCUGACUGCCUCCGAUCGCUGUCAGUGUCGGUAGGGGAGCCGCAACAUGUUGUCAAGCUCGGCGAGCUUCUCCACAAGGUUGGUUCGAACCUCGAAUACUUGAGAAUCAACUUCCACAACAUGCAUACGCCCGAGCGCUGGGCAGGCUCUGUGCUGGAGGCGUUGAAGCUAGAGUCCUGUCUUCGUCUAUCGAGUCUAAACAUCACAAUGCUCUGGGGCGACAACGGAGGCCGCGAUGCAAGUCAUCUCUCGGGGUCUGCUCUGGCCAAGAUCCUCAAACAGGCACCUCCAGAUCUGCAAGAGAUCAGAAUACCAAUCUUCCCGCCCUUCGACCGCUUCGGUCCCCCCGAGGUCUUGGACACGCACGAGCUCUAUGCGGUCCAGAGCAUUUUCAAGCAGCGCACACUUUCGGCGCUCCGUGCGUUCAUCUUCGAGCUCACCGAUUGGGGGCGGGUUGAGGAGUACGGUCUUUGCUUGAAGGAGAUGUUUCCAGACUUGCACGAGAGAGGGAUACUUAAGCUGGAGAGUAUGAAUUAUGGUUCUCUUGACGAGGCCUUAGACGUGUAGAUCAUGGCUUCUUGCACCACCAUCCUUGGACAUCAAUGCGCGUUCCUCCUCUCACUACCUGAGUAUCUUGUCGGCCUCUUAGCCGGCCUCGAGUGUAUGUACGUAUGUACCGCCGCUCUCGUCGAUCGCAGAACCCAGUGCGAAUUGGGUGUAU